CGCGGCAAAGCCAAUCUGCGCGGGAAGGAAAAACACAAAAUAAAUUGGAGUUUGGCUUGAGGAGAGUGGGAGCCUCUCCAGUGUAUUUGCUCACGGAAUCUAAUAAUAACCAUGGGAUGGUGAAAGCUGGAUGCCUCAUCCUCUGAGGGAAUAGACAAAAUGAAUUGUCACUCUUUAAACAAGGAUUCGAAGAGAAAGGGAAACAAAUCGACCAUUGACUUUUUUGUUCGUGCGGCGACGAACGCCCCAAAACUGCUGUAUAUCGAGUUAGUGUGGAUGUUGGUUUCUUCUAUGGUUUGACACGCCGCUGAUGAUGUUUCAUUUAUAGUAAACUCUCUACAGUUGGAUGUUAUUGCCAUCCUUUCCUCAGUGUCAUUCUCUUGCUAUAGUUGUAGACUCAGUGUGGAAUAUGAGAUUUGGAAUACCGUUGGGACGUUGUAGUUGAUAUAAACUGUACUUUUUCUCAAUGACGUUCAGAAUACUGCCUUGACGUCUUGACUUUACGUAUGGUCCGUACGGGUUGGGAAGUAAACAUGUGACGCUAAGUUUACAAUUCAAGAGACUCGUCGAUGUAGUGGACACUAGUCUUAGGCCUACAAGUUUGUUCUGUACAAAGUGAUUUUUUAACCGAUUGUUGGAGUACAUGAAAGGAUUCAGCGUAAACAUUGAAGAGAUAUUCACCCGAAGGCGAACAAGUGAAGUAAAAAAAAAAAAAAACAUUUCUUACAUGCACCAGGUGGUUUUCUGUUGCAAGAAAGGACUGAAGAAGGUCUGUGACGUGUAGGCCUGACAUGUAUCAAGCUGUUGGCUGGCACACGGCUCGAGAAGCUACUUAAGUACAUUUUCGACUUUCACCUCAGUCUUCCAGACGCUGGAUCGGCUCUUAAUUCAAGCCGAAGAUGGAACCAAUACCAACGAUCGACACAACCCUCCUUCAACCCCUCCCACCUUAUCUUCAGAAUUCUUCGAACUGGACUGUGCUGGAGGAGCACCAUCCACCUACCAAAUGGGAUGACGCGACAUGGAUUCUAACUAGUGCUUUUAUCAUCUUCACAAUGCAGUCUGGUUUCGGACUCCUUGAAUCUGGUAGCGUCUCGCAGAAGAACGAGGUUAACAUAAUGGUGAAGAAUGCAAUAGACGUGUUAUUCGGGGGGGUCUCCUACUGGAUGUUCGGCUACGGUCUUAGCUUCGGUAUGGACGUAGCGGGAGGUUCGAAUUACUUCGUGGGCGUGGGUGAUUUCUUCGUCGACGCCAGUAACACAACCUCCGAUGAAGUCGGUAACCUCUUCGCGCAUUUCUUUUUCCACGCUUCCUUCGCGACCACCGCUACAACAAUCGUGAGUGGAGCGAUGGCAGAACGAACCAAACUCGAGAUAUACAUCAUCUUCUCAUUUCUGAACACCGUGGUUUAUUGCAUCCCCGCCCACUGGAUGUGGGGGGACAAUGGGUGGCUGAAGAUCAUGGGCGUGGUCGACAUUGCUGGGGCGGGGUCGGUGCAUAUGGUGGGCGGGGUCACUGGACUUGUUGCUACGUUACUUUUGAAGCCGAGAACGGGUCGUUUUAUAGAUGGAGCAGAAGCCCCACCCAUGGGGUCGGCUACCAACGCCAUAUUUGGAUUGUUCAUGUUAUGGUGGGGCUGGCUGGGUUUUAAUUGCGGAAGCACCUACGGCGUCACAAACUUCAAAUGGAUCUUAGCUGCGAGAUCAGCUGUUGCGACCAUCACUGCAUCAAUGGGCGGUGGUAUCGCUGCUAUAUUUCUGAGUUACGUGACGAAGAGGAAGAAAUUUGAGGUGAACUACAUUAUCAACGGUGUUCUAGGUGCACUAGUAGCUAUAUCAGCUUUGUGUGCAUUGGCGAAACCAUGGCAAGGCCUCGUAAUUGGUAUGGUUGGAGCAGUGAUAGCGUGCGUUGGCUGCAUGGUGACCGAGAAACUCGGCAUUGAUGACCCGGUAGGUGUGGUCCCUGUGCACGCUCUGUCUGCCGUCUGGGGUCUACUAGCCGUUGGUGUCUUCGGUGAGGAAGAUACACUGGAUGAACUUAAUGGAAUGAAAGGUUUGAUGGCUGGAGGUGGGUUUGCGUUACUAGGUGUCCAGGCUUUGGCCUGCGUAGCCAUCAUUGCGUGGAGUGCAGUAACCUCAUUCAUAAUCCUCUAUGCUCUCGAUGUUACAGUAGGCUUACGCGUGCCACUACACGAAGAAUUACUGGGUGCUGAUAUUGUGGAGCACUCCCUCAACGGCUCAUACGAUAAGACAACUGGUAAAUGGUGCGAUCACCAUGGUAACCUGCUAACAAUCAUCAAAGAGGGUCUGAGCGUUGAUGAGUACAUGAAGACAAUACGCGAGGUACAUGAGGGACUACGGAGGAGUGAUGACUCGACCGCCAGCCCCGGUAAAAGAUCCGCCUUUGGGUUCAGAAGGAGCGACGUCAGUGAGACUGAUGUGAGGUCAAUGCAGAAGACCAAUCACUCGCCCCUGGGGAACACCUCAAUCGACCGCGUUGAUGACGAGUCAACUCCCGUUCAUGUUAACAGGGACAGACCGAAGCUGAAAUGUCGACGGGUAGCUUCGAAUGGGAACAACAGAGGGCGCAGGGAUAGGAGCUGGACUGAGAAGAAACCGGGUACCAAUGAAGACAGCGAAGCAAGGAGGAGGGCAGGCAAAGGGCUGGAAAGAACCUCGUCACGUGAUCACACAAUCAUUGGACACAUUUGAUGUAUUUAGUCGAUGUAAAAUUUGCAAACUAACAACAAGGUGUGUUUUGUACUAAUAGUUAUGCCUGCGACCCUUUUCACGGAACUCGGGCAAGUAAAGCUACAGUGUACUAACACACAUCGGUGUAAAGAGUAAAAACCAGAAAUGAAUAUUGUAGUUUAUACUUUGAUUAAAGGAAUAUUAUCGGUAAUUAAGGAUCGAUCAGGGUUUUUUUCUUUUCUCAAUAUUGAUGUUUACUUUCACAGCAUGUGCAGUAACAUCACAACACUAUCAGCCCAAUGUGUAGGCCUAUACAUGGCACACAUACAGUUAAUAGCAAAAGUAUACCUUUGGCAUUUAGAGCAGUCCGAUGUCAUAAUAGAAGAAAAAACACGCAGUCAUUUGAUCAAACUAUGUGAUUAGAAAGGUAGCCUAAAGCAUAACAAAAAUUGUACAAUCCCUUUAAUAAUCCUCAAACCAAAGAAACAGUCUUGUCUUUAUAUGAUAGACAGCGUCAUGCUAAUGUAUAGGCAAUGUUUUAUACAGAAAUAUACAACACAAGUCACAUGUAAAAGCCUUCAACUGGAGUAUUAAAGUCACUGGACACUAUUGGUAAUUGUCAAAGACUAGCCUUCACAGUUGGUGUAUCUCAACAUAUGCAUAAA